GGUUUGUUUGCGAUGGCGGCGCGGGAGCAGCUGGCGCGGAGUGAGCCCCCGGCUUGGGCGCCAGGCCGAGGACCCCAGCGCCGACGGGUGGCUAUGCAGAUCCCUGAGGCAAUUCUCACCAAUAAGGAGCUGCAGGAGGCAGUUGGAGCCCUCCCCAGCAACUAUAACUUUGAGAUCUACAAGACAGUCUGGAGAAUUCAGCAGGCCAAGGCAAAAAAAGUGGCUCUGCAGAUGCCCGAAGGGCUCCUCAUGUUUGCAUGCACCAUCGCUGACAUCAUUGAAAGGUUCACCGGUGCUGAGGUGGUGGUGAUGGGAGACGUGACGUAUGGCGCGUGCUGUGUGGAUGACUACACUGCCAGAGCCCUCGGGGCGGACUUCAUGGUGCACUACGGACACAGCUGCCUGGUUCCCAUCGACGCAACGCAGGGGGUGAGGAUGCUCUAUGUGUUUGUGGAUAUCAAGAUCGACACAUCCCACUUCGUGGAGACCAUCCACUUCAACUUCCCCAAGGGCUCCUGCCUGGCUCUCGUCAGCACCAUCCAGUUCGUCUCCGCUCUGCAGGCAGCCUCCCAAGUGCUGCGCUCUGAAUACAAAGUCAGCAUCCCGCAGUGCAAGCCACUCUCACCAGGCGAGAUCCUGGGCUGCACGUCUCCCCGGCUGGGGCCGGACACAGAUGCCGUUGUGUACCUGGGAGAUGGACGCUUCCACCUGGAAUCUGUCAUGAUUGCCAACCCCGGAGUUCCCGCCUACAGGUACGACCCCUACAGCAAAGUGUUCUCCAGGGAGCACUACACCCACGAGCACAUGCAGCACGCCCGGCAGGAGGCCAUCCGCACCGCCGCCCGCGCCCGGAGCUGGGGACUCAUUCUCGGGACUCUGGGGCGCCAGGGCUCCACCUCCAUCUUGCAGCACCUGGAGGGGCGGCUCCAAGCCCUGGGCCUCCCGUUCAUCAGAGUGCUGCUCUCCGAGAUCUUUCCCAGCAAGCUGCAGCUGUUCCCUGACGUGGACGCGUGGGUGCAGGUGGCUUGUCCCCGGCUCUCCAUUGACUGGGGAGGAGCCUUCAGCAAGCCGCUGCUCACGCCCUACGAGGCUGCUGUGGCUCUGAAGGAAAUCGAGUGGCAGCAGACUUACCCCAUGGAUUUCUACGCUGGCCAGUCCCUGGGGCCCUGGACAGUCAACCCUGCCAGCCACAAGCCCCAGAGGGGCACCAGCCAGCCAACGCAGAGGAAGCUGCCUGAACCUGUGGUACCAGUGGAUGCUGGUGUGGGGAAGAAAUGCACCAACUGCAGCUGUCAAGACGAGGCCCCAUUGCAGCCAGAGCACCCCUGAACACCCAAGCAAUGGGGAUAUCAGCAGGUACAGCCCUGCAGUUACCAGCCUGGAAACAAGCACUCCCAGCUUUGCUCUCAGGAAAGGCUGUCUCUGACUUCAGAGCUGGUGAAAUGGGCCCGAUCAACAGCCCUGUAGAUUAACUGACUGGCAUCCAGAGCAGGUACAGAAUAGGCAGCGGCAGGGCCACUCUCUCACUGCCCUGGAGAACCAUCUCUCAGUGUCUGGCCCAUUCAGCCCAAAGUGUCUCCACGGAGGCUGCCUGAAAGGACCAGCUGUAGCAGUGGUUUCUGUGAUAGGAACUGUUCCCUGGGCACUGGACUGAGAUCGCCUGUUUAGGAACAUGUGUCCAGACCAUGAUUAAUUUGCAUUGAAAUGUCCCAUGUGUACUACAGAGAGGUGGAAAUGGCCAUGCAAAGGCCCCUCAACUCUGCUGGGUUUCAGACAUAGUCUCACUAACAGGAUGUUGAGAAGCACAAAGUUGGGAACAGUGCCAAGGUUCCGGUUGUGUUCUGCCUGGGGAACAUGGAUUUUAGGCCAACACACUGCUCUGUUCCCCUUGGUGCCUCAGCCCCAGUGUGCAGACAUCAAGGCUCAGCCGGGGGGCAGCAGUAAACCCUAACUUACACACUGUAGUAAUCUUGAUAAAUUUGCCAGUUGCAGUGGAGGGACAGAUUCUUUGUCAGUUUGUGCUUCACCAUCCAUGGUUUGCAAAAUCCUCUUUGAAACUUGGAAAUAAAGUGUCCUCAAGCCCCAGA